AUGCGACAUAUAACAGAACCAGACCUGGAACACCGCUACUACUAUCGUGAAAAGCUAUGUACUUCUUACUCGACACCCAUUGCCAACAGCAACAACCGCCAUCUGCUACACCAACGAGACGAUUAUGAUGAUGAUGCAGAGCAAGAUCUGGAGUAUUCGUUUAGAGACAGGAACCAGUUCCUGAAGGAAAUCAGUCAAGUGCGACAGGACAUUGUUCGGUUCAGGACUGAAAUGAACGGUCUAGCGAAACAAAUGGAUGGUAUGGAGAUUGAUCUGAAUCAUUCAAAAGAUAGAGUUCGUGAAAUCGAAAAAGGGUUGACAGCAACGCAGGAAGUCAAUGUCAACCUCCAAGUCUUGCUAGAAAGAGCUGUAAAUAACCAAAGAGAAUCAGAUGUGCAUGCAACGCGGGCGAUGCGACACAUCCACACAAAUUUAGCCACUGUUGUGUAUGAGACAGGUCAGUUACGAGGUCGGCUCACCACCAUUGCAAACUAUCAAAAACAGCACCAGGGCAAUGUAAGCCAUAUGGCAGAACGAAUGCGCGAAUAUACCAGUAUGCUUGAACAGGCGCAAGGCACCAUACAAUCAUUAAAGGAGCCUAGCAACAGAAUACGACUCUUGCUUUCACCAGAAGCAGAGGAUGUCUUGAACUCGCUCGACAUCAAAUCCAACGCUGACGAAAUCAAGGAUCGCUACAAGCAUCGGAUUAUACGAAAGCGAGCAUCCAAUCCUGAAGUAGCUACAUUUUCAUCUCCCGUGGUGUUGAAUCGAAAAAAGCAAGCUUGGUUACCUCAAAAAGGGUUAAGAAUCUUACUAAACGAUUAUCAUGAUGGCUUUUAG